AAUCUUGAUUAUUGAAGACAUUUUCAUUGUCCAGCAAAAUUUUCAGAAACUUUGAAGUACUUCUAUGGAAGAGAUAAUAGGUUUGGGGCCAUUUGGAGAGUGCAACUCCUCAGCUGUGUAUAGGAGCUAUGCCCUGAGACGAUGGUGUUGGUAUCCUGCUGCUUAGAGUAAGGAAUUGUCUUAUCAAAUCCUUGAGGAAGGUUUUUUAAGCCUUUUAUACCUCUACACAUACUACCUUGAAAUACCAACAUACUUACUUGUAAUGGUUACAAAGGCUGCCUUUGGCAAAUCAUGUCACCUGAAUCUAACAUCUGGUUCGAGGUAUAAUUUCUUACUCUGUCUCUAGUGUUAUCUUUCUAGAGUAGCUGAAAGAUAUGUGAUAAUGACCAGGCAAAACAUGGGGAGUCAUAAUACUGCUAUGGAUGUGAUGAUGACCAGUCUAUAAACAUGUACAGCCAGUGUAAGUCCUACGUGGGAAUGGGCACUGCAAGCCUGACCAGGCCCUACACAUUGGAAGAGUGUACCACGGUUUACUUGACCAGUUUUCUCUGGUGACUGUAGAUGGUAGUAGUCUACAUUUUUUCCUAAACGUUCUUACAGGCAGCAGGUUUACUUUUAGACUAGUCCUUUAGUCUAGGUUUCAGGCCUAAUGCUGUUUCCUCACAUCUCUUGAUCCUGUUCCUUGCCCCACUGCUAAUUAAGAGUGCUGGUAUUAAAUUUUCUUCUAAAAAGUAAUGUUCUCAUGUUUGUCAGCUGUAUUUUAUUGUUGAUUUGUCUUAACAUAAAAAGAUAAUGGCAUCUCAGUGAUACCAAUUACAUUGCAGCCCCUGCAGUGAAAGGACUACUACUCUAUUAGGGAGUGAUAGUUUUGUGGGCUGGGGAAGGAGGAUUAGAGAGGACACACUUAAAAGAAAAGCAUUCAUAUUUCAUGUCCAAAGGAAAAUGCAUCUUCGAAGUUUUUGACACCAUACACUACUUUUUCCAGAAUUCAUGCAAAGAGUAUAACAUGCCUGGACAUUUCCAGUGGAGGAGGCCUUGGUGUGUCUUCUAGUGCUGAUGGGAGCAUGAAAAUCUGGCAGGCUUCCAAUGGAGAACUCAGAAGAGUAUUGGAAGGACAUGUGUUUGAUGUGAAUUGUUGCAGGUUUUUCCCAUCAGGCCUUGUGGUUCUGAGUGGGGGAAUGGAUGCCCAGCUGAAGAUCUGGUCAGCUGAAGAUGCUAGCUGUGUGGCAACCUUCAAAGGUCACAAAGGAGGUAUCCUAGAUACAGCCAUUGUUGAUCGGGGGAGGAAUGUGGUAUCUGGUUCUCGAGAUGGAACAGCACGACUUUGGGAUUGUGGGCGCUCAGCCUGCCUGGGAGUCAUUGCAGACUGUGGUUCUUCCAUCAAUGGAGUGGCUGUGGGUGCUGCUGACAACUCCAUCAACCUCGGCUGCCCUGAGCAGAUGCCCAGUGAACGGGAGGUUGGAACAGAAUCGAAAAUGCUGCUGUUGGCCCGGGAAGAUAAGAAGCUUCAGUGCUUGGGACUACAGAGCAGGCAGCCGGUAUUCCUCUUUAUUGGCUCAGAUGCCUUCAACUGCUGUACUUUUCUCUCUGGCUUCUUGCUGUUGGCUGGGACACAGGAUGGAAACAUUUAUCAGCUGGAUGUGAGGAGUCCAAGGGCUCCAGUACAAGUCAUCCACAGAUCAGGAGCACCAGUUCUAUCCCUGCUGAGAUUCAGAGACGGAUUCAUUGCUAGCCAAGGUGAUGGAAGCUGUUUCAUUGUCCAGCAAGACUUAGACUAUGUCAUUGAGCUCACUGGGGCUGACUGUGACCCUGUGUACAAGGUAGCCACAUGGGAGAAGCAGAUCUACACAUGCUGUCGAGAUGGUCUCGUGCGGCGCUAUCAGCUCUCUGACCUGUGAUUCCUGUGAAGGAGGAGUCCCAGUUAAUGAAAACGAUUGACCAUGACCAACAAUGAGCAGAAACAUCAUCAGUCCUUCCCGAGGACCGUGCUCUUUGUUGUCGCGGGCACCCUUCGGAAGUCACAGAGAGUCAGCUACAUUGGCCACGUGGAACUACUGUUCCACACAAGACUAAUGUGAACUGAGUAAGAAGCUCACAUGUGCUCACUGCAUUUGCCCGACUUCUUCUAUAAACUCACCGCAGCAACACGGGGAAGGUGAUGGGUUGCUUACAGUUUGAUCACACAUCUGUUGUGUUAAAUGUUUACAGGACCAGGGGACCAAAGCCUGUUCUCUGAAGGGAAUAAAGAGAGUAUGUUUGGAGGAGUCAGAAUUUGAAAACUUUGUUAAAUGCUCUUAUUCCAGCAGAAAGUCAGUCAGGCUGAUGGAACUCCUUUCUCAGGCACUUCCUGUUGGCCUGGUCUUAGAGGAGGACUGUUGACAUGAGCAGUAAAGAUCCCAUAGGCAGCAUGCUGGGAAAGACUUUUGUACAGGUAGGAUGACUACCAUCCCAGUUUUCCUUGUACUGAGGGGUUUUCGGCUACCUGUGGCUUUCAGUCCCAGCAAACCGACAUGGUCUGUCAGCCUAUAUACUGUUGAUGAAGUUGAAUCAAAACAUUGUAAAGGCAAUGGCUGUGAAAGUGGUCCCUAGAACAGCUUCUUAGUAUCACCAGGGAAUUAGAAAUAGAAAUUCUUGAGCCCACCUCAGACCUAAAUCAGAAAUUCUAUGGGUAGGGCCUACAAUCUAUUUUAACAAGCUUUCCAUGAUUCUGAAGCAUGCUGAAGUUUGAGAUCUAGAGAAAGAGAUGGUAUAGGGCACUUUAGUCAGAGAUGGAACCCAGGGCUCAUAGGAUGGCCAGGCUGGCCUGUAGGAGAUGAGGUUGGAGAGGCUGGCAGGGCCCGAAUAGUGAAGGAGCUUGAAUGCCAGAUGGGGAGCUUGAACUUCACUUGGCUGGCAGUGGGGAGUCAUGAAGGGGUUUUUAAGCAAAAGUGUGACGUGGUUACUUCUUUUUUUCUCUAAACAUAAAAAUGGAAUCAUUAUGUGUUCUGUGGCUUAUUUUCACUUAGUAUCUUAGUUCUUUUACAUUUAGACCUUCAUUCUUUUUAACAAUUUCCAGAACAUGAAAGCCAUAUCCUUUACAUUUUAGAGAUUAUUAAAGAAAAAGUUUGGAGCUUGCAACGCUUGAGCUGAGCCAUGUGGCUGAGCUCUGGAAUUUAUUUAAGGGAAGGAAGGUAAUUCCUGGCUCAGGUAACAGUCUGGUUUACAGAGUUCUUAAAGGCAUGUUCUCAUGUAGUCUUUUGCUACCUUGUGACAUACCAGUAGUGAGACUCAGAGAGAUGAAGUGAUUUGCCAGGGGUCAUAGAGAGCAGGAACUUGAACAGUUUAUCUUAACUUUAAAUGCCAUUUUUUUUCUACCUGUUGCUAAUGCCUAAACAAAAUUGUGAAAAUAAAAUAUUGUCAUUCAUUGAGUA